AUGAAUGUCGAUGCCAUCAGGAGUCGCGUCGUCGCGACCCUUUCCCCUGAUGCCAAUGUGCGACGGGCUGCCGAGAUCGAGCUGAAGACUGCCGAGUCGCAUGCAGGAUUCACCGACGUCCUCCUCGAUAUUCUGUCCAACGAGCCUGACGAUUCUAUCCGCCUUUCCAGCGUCAUUUACCUCAAGAAUCGAACAAAUCGAGGCUGGUCCAAGAGUGACCACUACCCUGACGAGCCCCUGAUCGCCGAAGAUGAGAAGCACCGGUUCCGUGAUCGCAUACUUCCCAUUCUGGCCUCCUCUAAUGGCCCCGUUCGCCAGCAGCUGCUACAAAUGAUCCAGCGUAUCCUCCAUUUCGAUUUCCCCGACAAGUGGCCAAGAUUUAUGGACGUCACCCUUCAACUGCUCCACGCCAACGACCCGGCCUCGGUUCUUUCCGGGUUGCAAUGUCUACUUGUCACCUGCCGUACUUAUAGAUUCAAAGGCAGCCAGGAUGGGAGUCGAGCCGAGUUUGAUAAGAUCGUCGAGGCAAGCUUUCCCAGGCUGUUGGAGGUGUGCAAUGAGCUCGUCAACCAGGAAAGCGACGAGGCCGGCGAGAUGCUUCACAUCGCCCUAAAAGCUUACAAGCAUGCGACCUGGCUUGAGCUCUCGAGCUUCCUGCGACAGCCUCCGGUCAACAUCGGAUGGUGCACCGUAUUCCUCCAUACCGUAUCCAAGACCAUUCCCGCCUCGGCCAUGCCCGAAGAUGUCGAGGAUAGGGAACGACAUCACUGGUGGAAGGCUAAGAAGUGGGCAUACUUCAACUUGAACAGAUUGUGGAUUAGACAUGGCAACCCCCAGGCUGUCGACACCAAGGACGACGAGGCAAAGGCGUACGCCAAAGAAUUCGCCGCGACUAUUGCCCCAGAGAUCCUGCAACACUAUCUACUGGAGGUGGAGAAAUGGGUUUCCAAGACCGCUUGGCUGAGCAAGCCCUGCCUUUCAUAUACCCUCGUCUUCCUCGACGAGUGCUGCCGGCCGAAGGAGAUGUGGAACCACCUCAAACCGCAUGUGACGAAUCUCGUCACGCACCUAGUGUUUCCUGUUUUGUGUCUUGGGCCGGAAGAUCUGGAAAAGUUUGAAGAUGAGCCCGAGGAGUAUCUGCACCGAAAACUCAACUUCUACGAGGAAAUUUCGGCUCCGGAUGUUGCCGCUACCAACUUUUUGGUCACCCUGACCAAGGCUCGGAGGAAGCAAACGUUUGAGCUGCUCAAGUUCAUCAACGAGGUGGUCAAUACGUACGAAGCAGCCCCCGAAGGCGAGAAGAACCACAUCGGCAAGGAGGGUGCGCUCCGAAUGAUUGGCACGCUAGCACCCGUGCUUCUGGGUAAGAAGAGCCCCAUCGCGGAUCAAGUCGAGUACUUCCUGGUCCGCUUUGUCUUCCCAGACUUCAAAAGCUCCCAGGGUUUUCUUCGAGCUCGGGCUUGCGACACGGUCGAGAAGUUUGAGAUGCUCAACUUCAAGGAUCAAAACAACCUCCUCGUCAUCUACCGGCACAUCCUAGACUGCAUGGCCGACCCUGCCCUCCCCGUGCGCGUCACUGCCGCGCUCGCUCUGCAGCCCCUGAUUCGGCACGAUGCCAUUCGGAUUAGCAUGCAGCAGAGUAUCCCUACCAUCAUGCAGCAACUGCUCAAACUUGCCAACGAGUGCGACAUCGACGCGCUUGCCAAUGUGAUGGAAGAUUUCGUCGAAGUCUUCGCUGCAGAGCUCACGCCUUUCGCGGUUGCGCUUAGUGAGCAGCUCCGUGACACGUAUAUGCGCAUAGUACGAGAGCUUCUGGCGAAGAACGACAACGGCCGUGAUGACGAUGGGGAGUACGGCGACUACCUGGAUGACAAAAGUAUUACUGCUCUGGGAGUACUCCAAACCAUUGGGACGCUGAUCCUCACAUUGGAGAGCACCCCUGACGUGUUACUGCACAUCGAAGCGGUGCUGAUGCCUGUGAUACAGAUAACGUUGGAGAACAAGCUUUAUGACCUCUACAAUGAAGUAUUUGAAAUCAUUGACAGCUGCACCUUUGCCGCCAAGAACAUCUCGCCCACCAUGUGGCAGGCUUUCGAGCUUAUUCACACUACCUUCAAGUCUGGAGCCGAGCUUUACCUCGAGGACAUGCUACCCGCGCUAGACAACUUUGUUCAGUAUGGCGCAGGUCAUCUCACCCAGUCGCCUCAGUAUGUCGAAGCCCUGUAUGGCAUGGUUCAAGAUAUGUUCUCGGAUCAGAAAGUAGGAGGGGUUGAUCGAAUCUGCGCUUGCAAGCUGGCCGAAGCCAUGAUGCUCAGCCUGCGCGGUCACAUCGAUCAGUGUGUGACAGGGUUUAUCUCCAUGGCCAUGACAGUCCUCAGCGGUCCUGAGGUUAAGGUCAAAUCAUACAGAAUCCACCUGGCAGAGAUGGUUAUCAAUGCCAUAUACUACAACCCGCUUCUUACGCUCUCCGUGCUUGAGGCCAAGGGCUGGACGAAUAAGUUCUUCAGCUUGUGGUUCGGAAGCAUGGAUAGCUUUACGCGUGUCCACGACAAAAAGCUUUGCAUCGUGGCCAUCGUCUCGCUUCUGAGCUUGAACGCUGAUCAAAUACCGCCAAGCGUCAUUCAAGGCUGGCCAAGGCUCCUCCAUGGAGUCACCGUACUGUUCAGGACGCUGCCCAGCGCCAUGAAGAACCGAGAGGAGGCACUGAGAGAUGACUUCCAGUUUGACUCCAGCAACUACGAGUACGAUGACGAGGAUGAGUGGGCAGAAGAUGACACAAACUGGCAAGCCGAGGACGAGCCCGAGGAGCCUGCCGAUGCUCGUGACGAGAGCACUGCGUAUCUCGAGUUCCUUAACGAAGAAGCCUCCAAGUUCAGCCGCCUUGAAAACACCUACAAGGAAGCGGACGACUCUGAUGACGAGCUGGGUGAGGACUCAGUCCUGCUCGAGUCGCCAUUGGACAAGAUUGAACCGUAUCAGCUAUUCAGGGCAGCAUUAAUAAAAAUGCAAACUGAGCAACCGCAACUUUACACCAACCUCACAACACCUCUCUCUGCUGAUGACCAAGCCGUCGUUCAGAACGUCAUUCACCAGGCGGAAGCUAACGCGACUCACAUUGUGCUAGCUCAACAGGCGGCCGUGGCACAACAGCAACAAGUGGCAGGACAGAUUACUCCUAACGGCGGUGCCAGCUAA